GACACGGACACACACCCCCCGCGCGGCACCCUAAGCGUCCACAACUUUUGGCUGCCUUACUUAGCCCAGAGCUCAGAGGCUGGAAAAGUUGGGGGGAGUAUCGUGUGAGUAAAGAGAGAGAUUUAAAAAAUAGAAGUAGUGAGAAAGGAAAAAGUGAAGGGAACGGACUGGAGAGCAAAAGCCCUCGUGAGAAAGGGAAAGAGAAGGGGAGAGGAGAAAGGAGAGUUUCAUAGCGUCCAGGGCAGUGCAGGAGCCCGAAGGAGCGGAAGCGAUCCUGUGAGGAAGAGGAGUGCGGAGAGGGGAGGGGAGAGGAAGGGCGAGGAGGGGGAGUGAAAACUAGAGGAGGGCGAAGGAAGCGAGGCGCGACACUGCUGGGGAGAGGAGGGCAGUGAAGAGCGAGGCGCCGGCAGAGGCAGCUCCGGCGGCCGAGAGGAGGGAGCGCGGCGCAGAGAGGAGGGGCUUGCGCCCCGUAGAAAUGUCAAUCAGAGCCCGGAGCCCCAGGAAUCUCCGCCAAUCUGUUCGGACCUGACCUGGCUCCUCGCCGCCGCCGUCGCCGCCGCGGAGCAGAUCAAUAGGCGAACGCGGAGCACAGCGCAGCGCGGGCGGCAGCGCGGCCCCAAGCCCGGCCCAGCCCCCGAUGCGCACCGGAGCCCGCGGGCGGCGCUGAGCUGGCCGGCCCGGGGGUCGGGCCCCCUCUCCGUCCGUGCCCCGCGGGCCACCAUGUCCUUCCCCCAGCUGGGAUACCAAUACAUCCGCCCGCUUUACCCGUCCGAGCGCCCGGGGGCCGCUGGCGGCAGCGGCGGCAGCGCGGGGGCCCGGGGCGGCCCGGGUGCCGGAGCCUCGGAGCUGGCCGCCUCGGGGUCCCUGUCCAACGUGCUCUCGUCCGUGUACGGGGCGCCCUACGCCGCGGCCGCUGCGGCCGCCGCCGCCCAAGGCUACGGCGCCUUCCUGCCCUACGCCGCGGAGCUGCCCAUCUUCCCGCAGCUGGGCGCGCAGUAUGAGUUGAAGGACAGCCCCGGGGUGCAGCAUCCGGCCGCGGCUGCUGCGUUUCCGCACCCGCACCCCGCCUUCUACCCGUAUGGCCAGUACCAGUUCGGGGACCCGUCCCGUCCCAAGAACGCCACCAGGGAGAGCACCAGCACGCUCAAGGCCUGGCUCAACGAGCACCGCAAGAAUCCCUACCCCACCAAGGGCGAGAAGAUCAUGCUGGCCAUCAUCACCAAGAUGACCCUCACCCAGGUGUCCACCUGGUUCGCCAACGCUCGCCGGCGCCUCAAGAAAGAGAAUAAGAUGACUUGGGCGCCUCGCAGCCGCACUGACGAGGAGGGAAACGCUUAUGGGAGCGAGCGCGAGGAGGAAGACGAAGAGGAGGACGAGGAGGACGGCAAACGCGAGCUAGAGCUAGAGGAGGAGGAGCUCGGGGGGGAGGAGGAGGACACGGGGGGCGAGGGCCUGGCUGACGACGACGAGGACGAGGAGAUCGAUUUGGAGAACUUAGACGGCGCGGCCACCGGGCCUGAGCUGUCCCUGGCUGGGGCGGCGCGCAGGGAUGGCGACCUAGGCCUGGGACCCAUUUCGGACUCCAAAAAUAGCGACUCGGAAGAUAGCUCUGAGGGCUUAGAGGACCGGCCACUACCGGUCCUGAGUCUGGCUCCAGCGCCACCAUCAGUGGUCGUGGCCUCGCCGUCUCCGCCCUCGCCCCCUGUGGGCCUGGACCCCUGCGCUCCCGCACCAACCCCCUCCUCCGCCCUGCAGAAGCCCAAGAUCUGGUCCCUCGCAGAGACUGCCACAAGCCCGGACAACCCGCGCCGCUCGCCUCCCGGCGCGGGGGGGUCUCCACCGGGGGCAGCGGUCGCGCCUUCCGCCCUGCAGCUCUCUCCGGCCGCCGCCGCCGCCGCUCACAGACUGGUUUCAGCGCCGCUGGGCAAGUUCCCGGCUUGGACCAACCGGCCGUUUCCAGGCCCACCGCCCGGCCCCCACCCGCACCCGCUCUCCCUGCUGGGCUCUGCCCCUCCGCACCUGCUGGGACUUCCCGGAGCCGCGGGCCACCCGGCUGCCGCCGCCGCCUUCGCUCGGCCCGCGGAGCCCGAAGGCGGAACAGAUCGCUGUAGUGCCUUGGAAGUGGAGAAAAAGUUACUCAAGACAGCUUUCCAGCCCGUGCCCAGGCGCGCCCCCAGACGUGGAUCCCGCUCAUCCUCGCGGACUUGGACCUGAGGCCGGAACGCCAGGACCGGGGCAGAGGCUGGUUAGCACGUUGAAUGACUUUACAAGGAGAGCACUCCGACACCUCAACAGCUCACGCCUCACAAGCUUAACUGUGGCACCGACUCUGCUCCCACUUACCCUCUGUGAAACCCGAGGCAGACAAUUCACUUCUCUGAGCCCUUAUCUCCUCAUCUGCAAAAUGGGAAUAAUGAGUGCGAAGGGGGCAGUUGUUAGGCUGAGAGGAAGCAUGUCCAGGGCUGACACGAGGUAGGUGGGCAGAAGCAAUCUUACUCUUUUUUUCUUUAAUUUAGAGACAGGAUCUCACUCUGUUGCCGAGGCUGGAGUAUUGCCCAGCCUGUUGCCCCGGCUGGCACAAUCACAGCCCACUGCAGCCUCAAACUUCUGGGCUCAAAUGAUCCUCCCGUGUCAGCCUUCUAUUCGUCAGAACUACAAGCACACACCACCACGCCCAACUAUUUUUUUUUUUAAUUUUUUUAGAGACAGGGUCUCUCUAUGUUGCUCAGGCUGAUCUUGAACUCCUGGCCUCAAGCAAUCCUCCCACCUCGGCCUCCCAAAGCACUGGGAUUACAGGCUUGAUCCUCAGCACCUGGUCAUUUUACUAUUAAAAUUACAUUUCAGAAUCUCCAACUUCGCUUUUUAAACUCCCAGCAGUAUUCCACUCCACCCCUUUCAUGAGUCAUAAAAGUGAGGUGUCUGCAUUCAGGCAUCCCAGGAUCCUUUGCAACUCCAGCUCAGCUAAGCAAGAGAGGGAACUUCCCAGGCAGGGGCACAGCAGAGAGGGAGGUGACAGCAGAAGUUAGGUGGCCUUGCUACACUGAACACCACCCAAGAGGAGGCAGGGGAUCUGCUCACAGCCAGAUGGUAUGGAGAAGCAGGUGGGGCUUGAAGAUGCCUGAGUGUGGGUCUCUAAGUCUUUCUCUGGUGGAGACCGUGGAGUAAGGUCAGCUUCUCAGGCCACAUCCCAGGGAUAAUGGUCCUUGCAUGAGCCACCUUCUGUCUCCACUGAAAAAGCAGUAUGUUUAGGUACCAGAGGAGACUUGGCAUAAACCUAGGAGCAGUCCCCAUGCAUCCGUAUUUUCUCUUAUCCCAUAGAACACAUGAGCCCUCAACUGGUCCCAAGUUGACCCCAAUAAGAUAACCUAAUCAAAACAAACAAACAAAAAAAUCUCAGUUUCUCAGCUGAAAGAGGGAAGAGGAGACAGUCCUCUUGGCAUCUCUUUCACUUGACUGAGUUCCCAUUUCUUCUCUUCUUCCCAGAACCUCCUCCCUAAGCCCUCCCCUCAUCUCCCUCCUCUCAGGGGUCCCUGGAAUGCCUCCAUCCCUUAUUGUCUGUCCUUAAAAAUCUUAAAGGGAAACCAGGAAG